UUUAGGGGGCACUGGGGGUACAAUAUGAUGGCGUUGCGUCGACCGUUGACGAAUAUUCCUCGUGCUUUCGCGAAACUCCUAGAAUAGUCGUUCCCAUUCGUACUCCAGCAGCGACUGCUGGCCUGGCUGCGACUAUCUCUCCCGCCGCCUAUCGACCGCCGACUCCUUUUCUAAAUACUUUUGGGAUCACGCAGUGCGAGACGAGAGCUGUCUGGUGUUUUAGAGGCCGCUGGGUAUAUUUCCAACACGAACCUCAAAUGAGACAUUUAUACCAAGAUGUAUUGUUGGGGAUCAACUGCUAAUGGUGAACUAGGAGUAGGUGCUCCUGAAGUAGAACAACUAUGCCUUCCAACCUUUAUGGACUUUUCCAAGUCAUGGAACAUAAAGCAAGUUGCAUCAGGGUUAACUCACACCUUGUUCUUGACAGAAGAAGGCAUUGUCUAUUCAUGUGGAAAUAAUGAAUUGGGCCAGCUUGGACAUGAGAAAAUAACCAGAACACCAGAGAAAGUUGAUCACCUGGAAAAUUACACCAUAUCACAAGUGGCUGUUGGCGAUCAGUUUUCAAUGGCAGUAACAUCUUGGGGGCUGGUUUAUGCCUGGGGUGACAAUGGUUUCGGUCAGCUGGGAAUCAAUUCAACAGAACCAUUAACUAAUGUUCCCAAACUGGUGAAGAGCCUAGCAAAAGUCCAAGUUGUCCAGGUUGCAUGUGGAUCUAAUCAUACUUUGGCUCUAACUUCAGGUGGAGAGUUGUAUUCGUGGGGUCUCAACAGCUCAGGACAGCUUGGACUGAGUCAUCGGGAUAGUCCACAGAAUAUACCUACGCUAAUAAAGAGUUUGGUUGGAGCACCUGUUACAUACAUAGCAGCUGGAGGCCAGCACUCUGCUGCUGUUACUAGUGCUGGAUACGUUUUAACCUGGGGAUCAAAUAAGUACGGCCAACUUGGAUAUACACCAAAAUCAGAUCCAAAUUACAGUGACUCUCCUAUGGUGGUUCCUAACCUGGCGACCUACUCAGAACCUUUGUUAUAUAUAGCUCUAGGGGAGGGACAUACAGCUGUCAUUGACGCUCGAGGAAAGCUUUGGACAUUUGGAUAUGGAAGAUAUGGUCAACUAGGACAUGGAUCUUAUGAUGAUGGAUCGGUUCCCCGUACAGUUCUUGAUUUGGUUGGCUCAAAAGUCAGUCAAGUGGCAUGUGGUAGAGGUCAUACAAUAGUGUAUGUGCCAUCACAGGGUCAUGUUUAUGCAUUUGGUCAAGGAUUGUCAGGUCAACUUGGCAUCAAGACUCCAGGCAAUCGAAAUUUGCCACAAGUUGUGAUUGGCCCUUGGAGGUCUUCUAGAGGCAUUUCAUUGCUUGAAACAGAUGAAAAGGAAGAUGCGCCUGCAGUUUACCUACAGAAGAUUUAUGCUGGUGGAGAUUCCAGUUUAGCAAUAGUAACUAAGGGAUCUGGUAUGGCUGCUGAUUUUUGUGAAGAAAUGCCAGCUCAACUGCCUUUCUGCAUCGAUCAGUCAAAGAUUGAUAAGAUGUUAUCUAUAGGGGAAGAGGAUAUGAUUGAUGAUGAUCUCUUCACGUACAUGGAAACAGCUUUUGCUUCUCCUUCAUGUUGGAAUGCAUCGUUUUUAGAUAAAGAACCUAAUAAGCAUAGUCAUGGUUUGGAUUAUAGACUUGCAGAAGAUUAUAUAGCAAAACUUGGACGUUUACCACGAGAAUCGGUUUCUGAAGUGGUACAAAAUGGAGUUCUUCAUGUCGUAAAACAGCUCCCUCCCCGACCAAAAAGUUUUGACUGUCUGCGCAGUUACAUACUCUUGCCACUCUUCCAAAAAUUCUCAGAUGCACGACAUAUGUACAAGUUGCAGAUGCCAUUUGCAGAAUCUAUGCUCAGCCUUGAAGUCCAUAUGUCUAGCAUGCUCAGGAUGUGGAUGAUUGCUCUUCCAAGGGAUUACAUGAUGCGCCUUUUAGCUAUAUACAAAAAUAUUGUUAUUCAAGUUAUCAAAGAAGCAAAACAUUCCUCCACAGAGCUGGAUAGAAGGGUUUUGCUGUCAUCAUUAAAGAUCCUAGGGAUUCUACAUCAAGAGAACUUGAAACAUGGAUCAAAAGCUGCUAGAAUACCAUAUGAUGAAUUUUAUAUACCCGAGAUUGGUGAGAAGAUAGAUAUACGUAGGGACUACCUCAAUUGGAUCACCAUCAAAGCAAGGCCCUUUGCUAUGGUUGAUAAUACUAUAUCGUUCUGUGAAUAUCCAUUUUUGUUCGAUGCACAGGCCAAAACACUCCUGCUUCGUUGUGAUGCUACUCGUCAGAUGCAGGGUGCUAUACAGGAAGCCGUUAUUAACAGCAAUCCUAUGCUUUGGUUGUUGGAUCCUGCCCAGGUACAGUUCUUGAAUCUUAACAUACACCGUAAUAACAUUGUUGAAGAUACCAUCAAUCAGUUGCUUCAUCAUGGAGUUACUGAAUUUAAGAGACCAUUGAAAGUCCAUUUUAUUGGUGAAGAAGCAGAGGAUGCCGGUGGUGUACGCAAAGAGUUUUUCCUUCUCCUUCUCCGAGAAAUUCUCAACCCUGAUUUUGGGAUGUUCACACAAUAUCCAGAAAAAAAUACCAUAUGGUUCAAGGAAAGUUCUCUUGAGCAGGCAUCAACGUACGCUCUUAUUGGUAUUGUAUGUGGUCUUGCAAUAUACAAUUUUACCAUUAUCAACUUACCUUUUCCUUUGAUACUCUACAAAAAGUUACUAGGAGAGUCUGCAGUUCUUGAUGAUUUAGCAGACUUGGAUCCUUGCCUUACCAGGAGUCUUCAUCAAUUACUGGAGUAUGAUAAUGAUGAUGUGGAAGAAGUAUUUUGCUUGAAUUUCACUGUGACACAGGAUUACUUUGGAGAAACUAAAGUCAUACCCUUGAAGCCAGAUGGAGAAAAUAUAAAUGUAACUUCUCAAAAUAAGCAGGAGUAUGUGGACCUUCUUGUGGACUAUAAAUUAAACAAGGGCAUAGAAAGCCAGUAUCAGGCAUUCCACGAUGGAUUCUACAGAGUUUGUGGUGGGAUAGUUUUGAAAUUAUUUCACCCAAUGGAGUUGAUGGCUCUUGUCACUGGCAAUGAAAAUUAUGACUGGAAUGAGUUGGAGAAAAGUGCUGAAUACAAGGGAGAAUAUCAUGCUGAGCAUGCUGUCAUCAGAAUGUUUUGGGAAGUCUUUCAUGACUUUGCUUUGGACCAGAAAAAACAGUUCCUCCUGUUUUUGACUGGCACAGAUCGGGUACCAAUUUUAGGCAUGAAGGCUUUAAAAAUAACUGUUCAGUCAACGGCUGAUGAUGCAUACCUGCCUGUAGCCCAUACUUGUAUUGCUCAGCUAGACCUUCCAGUAUAUAACACCAAGGAAAAGCUGAGGUACAAACUCCUACAGGCCAUUCAGCAGAGUGAAGGCUUUGGUCUUGUAUAGUGUAAUUUGUGAUGGACUUCCUCAGUUCAAUAUAGAUAACUGUCAAGAAAGUGUCUUAUAUUUUGUAGGUUGGGCUACUGUUGUUACUUUUCAUAGAAUUUAUACACUAGUCAUAAAACAUUGUUUGAAUAUUUUAAUCAUUCUAAACUAACAUUUUAAAUAAAAUCUGAAGGAAUUUAUUGUGAAGCCCAGCAGUAGUGAAAUGAGUAAUUCAUGUACAUUUUUGGCAUGGUCAUGAUAGCACUGUGAAUCAGUUUUAUGAUGAGAAAUGUAACUUUGGUUUUGGAAUGUCAAUUAUUUCCAAAAAUUGAAUAUCAUUCCAUCUCUUAACUUUUAUAGUGUUUAUUUGUCCUGAGUAUGGAAACAUGUAAUUCAUAGAAUUGCUUUAGCAGUUUUUGAUACGUACUAGGUUAUAACAGCUAAUGAUCUUUUGAAUAUUUUUCAUUUAGAAAAGCGUUUUAUGCAAUCUUGAGAGCGUUUGCUAGAAGAAAGCAAAUUUAAUGUGCUUUUGCAAAUUGUCUUGAAUGUUAUUGUAAAAUUAUAAUGAAAUAUAGGUCUCCAAAAAAGCUUAAUUUCAUUUGAGAAAGUAUAUCAGUGAUUAUUUUCAUUGUUGGGGUAAUUUAUUUGCUUUAUUUUUUUCUUCUUUUAAAUGAAUUUUCAUUAGUAUAUCUUUGACCGUUAGUUUUAUUAUGCAUUAUACAGGAUUAAAAAUUAGAAUGGGCUUUAAAGGUUCUGCAUGAACCCAACAUACAAUUGACAAUGAUUAUCACUGAAAAUAUCAAUGAUGAUAUGCACUUCUUAUGGAACCAGUAAUUUGAGUAUCAAGCUCUAGAGGAAAGCCCUGUUAGAGUUUGAGUGUGACUUGGUGGUUUUGUUCAGCGGCUUUAUAACAAAAUAACAAGCUUCCAAUAGUGGAAUGGCUUAUUGUGAACAAUGUGGGAAAACUUUUCAGAAAAGAGUACAGAAAUAUAUGUAUUAUUAAAAUGGUCUUUGAGCACGGGAUUUUAUGGUGGCACUGCAGCUUCCUGGGUUGAAGUUAAGCAUUGUCUGUAGCACUGCCAGGGGUCGUUCGUACUCUCUAAUGAAGUUUAUAAAAACACUCGUGCGGUAAUAUGGCAGUAUCAAAACCUUAUGUUAGGUAAAUAUCAUCUAUUAGUUUUAAGUGUGUCUAACGUUUAUAAAAGGUUCCAGCAUAAUUCGAACAUCUUGAUGGAAUAAGAUCUGGAGUUAAUGGCAAUAAUUUCAUUGUCUCCAAUAGGAAUAAGGUCAUAACCAAAAACUGCUUUUGAUUAUACAAACAUUGUAAGAAGAUUUGUAAACCAUUAUUAAUCAUAAAUGUUUGUUAAUCUAUGCAAGUGUAUUGUGAUAGUGUGACUGUUAAAGCAAUAGUCAUGAGGUAAUGAUGUAUGAUAGUGUGUUAAUAACCUUUCACUGGUAUACUGUAUAUUGCUUGUACAUUUUUAGAAAAAAUUGAGAAUAUGUUCUCUUCAUUUU